AGUGCGUGAAAGAUUUCUUUUGACUAAAAAUUAAGAAUUUCUUUUAACUAUUUUAAUGGAUACCAGAAAGCUUAAUAAAUAAUAAAUCAGUGAAGAAAUACUGCUAAAAGUCGAGUAUAUUCGAUAAACAAUCAAAAUUAAGUGCAAAACAAUAGAUUAGAAGUUAAAAUAGUUAUCAGACAUGAGUUUUCUUUUUAAUCGAUCGAAUAAAACCUUCAAACCUAAAAAGAACAUCCCAGAAGGUACACAUCAGUAUGAUUUAAUGAAACAUGCUGCUGCAACCUUGGGGUCUGGAAAUUUAAGGAAUGCUGUGCAACUUCCAGAGGGUGAAGAUCCUAAUGAGUGGAUAGCUGUCAACACUGUAGAUUUUUUUAACCAAAUAAACAUGCUGUAUGGCACAAUAACAGAAUUCUGUACUGAAGACUCGUGUAGUAUUAUGUCAGCGGGUCCAAAAUAUGAAUAUCAUUGGGCUGAUGGUCAAACUGUCAAAAAACCUAUUAAAUGUAGUGCACCAAAGUACAUUGAUUAUCUGAUGACGUGGGUGCAAGAUCAACUUGAUGAUGAGACUUUAUUUCCAUCAAAAAUUGGUGUUCCGUUUCCUAAAAACUUUCAGACGAUCGCGAAAACAAUUUUAAAACGAUUGUUUCGUGUGUAUGCUCAUAUUUAUCAUCAGCAUUUUCCUGAAGUUGUUCGAUUAGGUGAAGAGGCUCAUUUGAAUACAUCGUUCAAGCAUUUCAUCUUCUUCGUACAGGAAUUUCAACUUAUUGAUCGUCGUGAGUUAGCACCUUUGCAAGAACUGAUUGAUAAACUGACGGCAAAAGGCUAGCCCGAACCGAACCUUGAAUUACUGCCAAUGGCUAGCUUUUAGGGCAUUUAGUAUUUAUCCUUUCAAUAACAGUAAAUUGUCAUUGACUUCAUCGCGUCCAAUAUGCAUUCGCACUGCAUCAUUAUAUCUUAAGUUCAUCAAUGAUAAUAUUUUUGUGUGAAACUAUUUAAAAAUCGAUGAAUUAUAACAAUGAAAUUGUGAUAAGAAAGAAUACAACAUUAAAUGAUUUGAAUGUUCCAGAACAAAUUAGACAGUUACGAAAUCUGACACUUAAAAUAUUGAACUUCAAAUUUGAAUCCUGGAAACGUCACACACUUUAAUAAUUUUUUUUUCGUUUCUGCUACUCAAAACUGCACGAAUCAGAUAGAAAAUCUUGCUUUAAGAAUAUUAAAAUUAUGUUAAGAAUUUAUGUUGAAUGAAAAUACAGGCAGGAUAAACAUUACAUGACUAUUAAGCACACAAAAAUAUAUUUUUGAUAUCUAAUUAAAGACUUUAUAGAGCACUUUAAUUUAGAACACAAAAAGAGAAUUGAAGAAUUAAUAACAAAAAUAAAAGUGAUUUAGGAAUGUUAAUUAAUCGAAAAAAAAGAAUGUCAUCGAGCUUAAUUGGAAACACA